UCUCCUUCAACUCCCCCCUUGCGUCCUACUUCGCUGCACUCUCUCUCUUCUUCGGCUCCCCCUUCCCUCUCUCUCUCUCUCUCACACCUCCUCCUCCAGUAGUAGUUGUAGUAGUAGUCUUACUCUACACAUCUCCGAUCUUUCUUCUGUCUUGUUCUCCUCCUUCUGGUGUUCGUGCGUCCUGUCCUCUCCUCAUUUCCCCUCAUUGACUUUCCCCAAGCAGUGCAUCGAUCAGUAUUGCCUCCCCCUGCGUCCUAGUCUCCUUCGCCUUUGAUUGUGCAUCAAUCUGCACACCUCUUCUUCUGCGUUCGUUAUCCUACCUUUGUGAUUUGAUUAUAGUGAAAGAUUGCAAUUCAUUGUUCAUUAUUUUGCGAUUUUCCGUUACGAAAGAAUUAUUGAGCUUCAGUAACCCCUUUCUAGAUGUACGCAGGUUCUCUUUACAUCUACUAGAAUUUUUAUUUAUUUAUUUACUUAUUUGGAUAAUCUCGAUCUUUGAAUUACUUCCUUUUCAGAUUGCCAUUUUCUCACAGCAUUCAGCGUAUUAUUCAAUCUCCUUAUGUUAGUGCGGCCUUUGAGAAAUCCGCUGCGCACCUUUAGUCAAGCUUGUACUUUGUGCGAACUGGUGAAAAUUGGCGUUAAAGAACAGAAAAAUAGUUGAGUGGCCACAGCACUGUUGACUUGGUUCGCUGAGGUCUGAACUGCUCUGAUAUUACUGCAGAGUGACUCCGACAUUUGUACCUUCAAGAGACUGUGCAUCAACUGACUAUCAGUCACUGUUUAACGUGAGCAACUCGAGGAAUUAUGGAGCUGGUACUUGCAGGCAGUGCAGCCCAGCUACACUCACCAGUUUUUAAUUCCAAGCUCAAGUCACUUGUCCGAGACUUCUCAAGGUCUAGGUUGCACUCCCUGAAAUUUAGAUCUCGGCAUCGGUCAAUUGACUACUCGUUCCAUAAUUUUCAUAAGAGGCUGACGUUGAUGAGAGCGAAGCCUUUGCAAUCAUCAUUAUCUUCAAAUUCCGAAGAAACCUCAAAACUAGCUAUUCUACUGGAAGUGGAAGGAGUACUAGCGGACGUGCACAAAUUUGGUCAUCGACGUGGUUUCAAUCUAGCUUUUCAGGAAUUCAAUCUCGAAUGCGCCAAUUGGUCCGAGCCAGUUUAUGCUGACCUCUUAAGGCAUGCAGGUGGCGCUGAGGAGACUAUGCUUCGAGUUUUUUUUGACCGGAUAGGGUGGCCAUCAUCUCUACCCAGCAACGAGAAGGGUUCAUUUAUUCAUAACAUUAUAAAAGCCAAGCAAAGAGCAUUGGAAAAGCUGGCAGCUUCAGGAGACCUUCCUCUGCGUCCUGGCCUCAUAGAUUUUGUAGACGAGGUAUUGGAAGCGAAAGUGCCGGUUGUUGUGGUGGCCGCUUAUAGCAAGAGCGGGGAGCACGUUGCCAGGUCGUUGAUUGCCCAAUUGGGACCAGAGCGUACCAACAAUAUCACCGUUGUGGGAGAGGCUGAAGUGGGGAACAGUGCCUACGGACAAUUUGUACUAGGAGCUGGAGUUUCAGGUGGCAUUGAUGAGCAGCUAUCUAUAGAAGUUUCUAAAGCAGUUGCAGCUGAGAAGCAGCAGGUGGCAGAAGAAGUUGCAAAUAUGCUUGCAGUCAGCGUUAAUAUCGACACCAGUAUCACAGAAUCCAAAAAUACCAUUGCAUCUUUACGAGCAGCAUCGGAAAUAGCUGCAGUCGAUAUGGAUCGGUGUAUACUGCUGGCGGGUUCACAAACAGGACCUCUCUCUGCUUCUCGGAUAGGCAUGCCCUGUGUAGUAGUCCGCAGCAGCACAACAGCUCGGGCUGAGUUUCCAAUGGCUAAAGCAGCACUCGAGGGAUUUGGAUUUGGUGCCGUUACUCUGUCCAAUCUUCAAAAAUAUUUACAAUGAAUGCAGUGGUUUGUGUCUAUUCUAGGAGAUUGGCCUGCUGUUUCAGUCAAUUGCUGAUUGAAUGCACUCAUUGAGGAAUUCCGAUUGUGAAUAUGAUUGGUUAUUAGUAUCAAUGCUAUGACAAUAGAUUUGCUCUCGAAUGUUAAACCAGUGCAUAAAUGAGGUGUGAGGUUAAACAGUGACUUACAAUGUCUUUAAGACUGAUUUAUGUAACUGUAACCUCCUGUGAUUGUAAGUAAAACCUUCGAAAUGGGUUACUGUUGGAAGACAGAUUUUUCUUUA